AAACUCUUCUCUCACUGUUCAUCUGAAAACUUUUUCGAGUUCGAAAAAGGGACCAGAGUCGUCUGACCCUGAGCCAUGGCCAAGCCUCGCAAGCCCAAGCCCGAAGACCCGAAGCCAGCUCACUCCGGUGCCGUUGUCCGCCACCAGAAGCUUUGCCUCUCCAUCGACACGAACCUUCGUCGCAUUUACGGCUACACUGAGCUUGAAAUUGAGGUGCCUGAUAUCGGUAUCGUUGGAUUACAUGCGGAGAAUUUAGGGAUUGAGAGUGUGCUUGUAGAUGGGGAACCGACAGAUUUUGAGUAUUACCCGCGUAAUCAGAGCUCCGAUAUUGAGAAACGGUGGGCCUCCGCUGUGUCUUCACCGAGUUCAGCCGCGGAUGUUGCUGCAGCUGCUUACGUCACGGCGCUUGAGACAGAACUGAUCCCUAAUUUGCUCAUCAAUUGUUUCAAUAAGAUGCAAAUUGAGCAAAUUAAUACGGAGCCUAAUGGAGUACAAUCUUCUGCUGAAGUCAAGCAGAAUGUGAAAUCUGUUCGUGUUAACUAUUGGGUAGAGAAAAUGGAGACAGGGAUUCAUUUUGAGGAUAAUGUGGUCCAUACUGAUAAUCAGAUACGGCGUGCUCGGUGCUGGUUUCCUUGUAUCGAUGACAAUAAUCAGCGGUGCUGUUUUGAUCUGGAGUUCACGGUUGCUCACAAUCUCGUAGCUGUCAGCAAUGGGAGCUUAUUAUAUCAGGUAUUGAGCAAAUAUGAGCCUCCCUGCAAGACAUAUGUCUACAGGUUAGAUGUUCCUGUUACUGCUCAGUGGAUAUCCUUAGCAGUUGGACCAUUUGAAAUCCUCCCUGAUCAGCAUAACGGUCUCAUUUCACACAUGUGUUUACCACCUAAUUUGCCAAAGCUGCGUCACACAGUGGAGUUUUUCCAUAAUGCAUUCAGUGAGUAUGAACAGUAUCUUGAUGCAAAAUUUCCAUUUGGGUCAUACAACCAAGUUUUUCUAUCUCCUGAAAUGGCAAUAUCUUCCUCAACUGUUGGAGCCUCCUUGUGCAUCCUUACUUCUCAAGUUUUAUUUGAUGAGAAGGUCAUUGAUCAGACAAUAGACACAUGCAUCAAACUUGCUUUUGCUCUUUCAAGACAGUGGUUUGGGGUGUAUAUUACUCCUGAGGCACCAAAUGAUGAGUGGCUGCUGGAUGGUCUUGCUGGUUUUUUGACAGAUUUGUUCAUCAAGAAAUUUUUAGGAAAUAAUGAGGCACGGUAUCGAAGAUACAAGGCAAAUUGUGCUGUUUGCAAAGCAGAUGAUAGUGGUGCAACAGCUUUGAGUUCCUCUUUUGCUUGCAAGGAUUUGUAUGGAACUCAUUCCAUUGGCUUGCUUGGAAAAAUACGAUCAUGGAAGUCAGUGGCAAUUCUUCAGAUGUUAGAAAAGCAGAUGGGACCUGACUUCUUCAAAAAGAUUCUGCAAGCAAUAAUUUGUCGUGCACAAAGUACAACCUGUCCUGUGAGGUCUCUUAGUACAAAAGAGUUCCGGCAUUUUGCUAAUAAAAUUGGAAAUCUGGAGCGUCCAUUUCUCAAAGAAUUUUUUCCUCGGUGGGUAGGAUUAUAUGGAUGUCCAGUUCUCAGGAUGGGGUUUUCCUACAACAAGCGGAAAAAUAUCAUUGAGUUGGCAGUUCUGCGCGAAUGCACAGCUACAAUCGAUUCAAGUGUAUCAGUUCUAAAUGCUAAUCCUGAUUCUGAAAAUCGUGAUGGUGAUAUUGGGUGGCCUGGAGUUAUGACUGUGAGGGUUUAUGAACUUGAUGGUAUGUCUGAUCAUCCUGAUCUUCCAAUGGCUGGGGAUGCAUGGCAGCUGCUGGAAAUAGCAUGCCACUCAAAGCUUGCUGCUAGACGCUACCAGAAGCCUAAAAAGGGUUCAAAACCUGAUGGCUCUGAUGAUAAUGGUGAUUUGCCUACAGUAGAUAUGCGUUCGAGUGUAGACUCCCCAUUGUUGUGGAUUAGGGCAGAUCCGGAGAUGGAAUAUCUUGCUGAAAUUCAUUUUAAUCAACCUGUACAGAUGUGGAUUAAUCAGUUAGAGAAGGAUGAAGAUGUGGUAGCUCAGGCACAAGCAAUCACUGCACUAGAAUCUUUACCAGAGCUUUCAUUUUCUGUUCUCAAGGCACUAAAUAAUUUCCUGACUGACUCCAAGGCCUUCUGGAGGGUUCGAAUCGAGGCUGCACUUGCAUUAGCUAGCACAUCUUCCGAGGAAACUGACAUGGCUGGUUUGCAACAUCUGGUGAAAUUUUAUAAAAGUAGAAGGUUUGACACAGAUAUUGGACUACCAAAACCAAAUGACUUCUCAGAUUUUCCGGAGUACUUUGUUCUUGAGGCAAUUCCUCAUGCCGUAGCAACGAUAAGAGCUGCAGACAGGAAAAGCCCCAGAGAAGCUGUUGAGUUUAUUUUGCAACUUUUAAAGUAUAAUGAUAAUAAUGAGAAUCCUUACUCUGAUGUAUUCUGGCUCGCUGCAUUGGUACAGUCAGUUGGUGAACUUGAAUUUGGGCAACAGAGUAUUUACUUUUUAUCUUCUCUUCUGAAGCGCAUUGAUCGGCUUUUGCAGUUCGACAGGUUGAUGCCUAGUUACAAUGGUAUAUUGACGAUCAGUUGCAUCCGGACCUUGGCACAGAUUGCAUUAAAGCUUUCUGGAUUCAUCCAUCUAGAUCAUGUCUUUGAACUAAUUAAACCAUUUCGAGAUUCCAAGACCAUCUGGCAAGUUCGAAUAGAAGCAAGCAGAGCUUUGCUAGAUCUUGAGCACCAUUGCAAUGGCAUCAAUGCGGCAUUGUUGUUGUUUAUAAAGUAUAUAGAGGAGGAGCCUUCUUUAAGAGGUCAGGUAAAGUUGGGUGUGCAUGCUAUGCGGUUAUGUCAGAUACAAGGUGGAUCUGUCUCUAGUGAGGAUAUUAAGGCAACAACACUUGUAGCUUUGCUUCAUCUUUUAGAAAGCCGCAUAGCAUUCAAUAAUGUAUUCCUCCGGCACUACUUGUUCUGCAUUUUACAAGUUCUUGCAGGAAGAUCCCCCACACUUUAUGGAGUGCCUAAAGAGAAGUUGCCCUGUAUGGGUAAUGUGGAGAUUUGUAAUGAGCAGAAGAACAAUUUCGGUGCUCCUGUUAAUGAGAUAAGGCCACCUCAACCUCAACCUCCCAUGGGGAAUCCGAGCCAUUCAAACCAUUCGCAUGACAAUUUGGCAAUUCCAGAAGCUUCAAAGGAAGUAGAUACAGUCUCUAACAGUCAUGAUAGGAAGACAGCUGUUGUUAAGAUAAGGGUCAAGCAGUCGGCAACAUCCAGUAAAGCAGAGGAAGCAGAUAAUGGUACUGCCGAAAGGUCCGAGGGUGGGGAAAGAUCUGAAGGAAGGCGUAAUCAUGAUGCUGAUCGUGGUGCAACCAGUUCAGUUUCUGUGGAUGCACCCCAAAGAAAUUCGGCUGAGGCCGUGAGCAUAAGCAAUCAAAAUAUUGAAGAAGUUAACUCAUUUCAUGAUCAUGGGUCUCGGAUUACUGCUAGCAUUGGGAGUGCAAAAAUUGCAAGUGAAGGCGACAACUUUGGUAAGGAACUUCAGUGUACAGCUGAUUCGGGUAAUGCCUCGGUGCACCAUCAGCCUGAUGAUCCCUCGUCGCCAAGCAUCAUUCAAGAUAGCUACAUAGAUGCUGAAGCGAAAAAAUAUGCAAGUCUACAAACACUAUCAAUCUCGAGGGACGACGGUCCUCCAUUCCAGGAGAAGGAGAAGGAGAAGAAAAAGAAGUCGAAGAAGAAGAAGAAAGAUAAGGAAAAGAAAAGAAAGGGGGAAGAGCACAAAGGAGAGCGAAACGAUCCAGAAUAUUUAGAGAAGAAGCGAUUGAAAAAAGAGAAAAAAUACAAGGAAAAGGAGAUGGCAAGGAUACUGGGUGAAGUGAAGGCAGCUUCGGGGGAGUUAAAAAGUAAGAAAGAGGAGACCACAUCUUUAACACAGAUGGGUGGUAACAAACAGGAAGCGGAUAAUAUGAAUUCAAGUGAACCUCCUAAAGUUGUAAUUUCAAAGUUGGAAACCAGGACCGAGCCUACACAACCUACAUCUGCGCCCAAAUUCCGGAUCAAGAUUAAGAGCAAGCCUUUAAGUAAGUCUUAGGUUUUUGUCUUUAAAAAAAGUAUAUUGGUGAAUUCAAGAAAAAACCAUUAACCUUCUUCUCCAGCAUUGGGAAAAGGUUAAUUUGAAAUUCAGUGCAAAUCUUAUUUGGAAUUAUUGUUCUCAUUUUCAA